UGACACUAGCGAAAGGAGACCAGAAGGUGGUCCAAAGAAAGCGAGGAUGAGAGAGAGAGAGAGAUAGAUAGAUAGAGAGAGAGAGAAGGAUCCAGAGAACGGCUGUGAAACGCACGGACUCAGCGAGCAGCACCCCCUCCUCCUGCACACCUCCUCGGCUCCGCAGCGCAGAGAACACGGUCCGCAUCCAGCAAGGAACAGAUUGAACGCCUCCUCUUCCUGUGAGAUCAGGUGGUCAGGUGAUCAGGUUUGAUCCCCUCUGCUCCCGGUCUGUUCUGAUCCUGCAGUAACACAGAGAGAUCCAGAAGAUGGAGCGCGUCCUGUGUCUGCUGCUCCUCAGCUCAGCAGCUCUGAAGGAGGCUGCUGGUGGGGACGUGUGUGUGUCGGGUCACGACAGUGGGCCAGUGUUUGAAGAUCAGCCGAAUGGUUUAAUCUACCCCGAGGGUCUGAGUGAAGGCAAGGUGACCCUCAGCUGUCAGGCCAGAGCCAGCCCAGCUGCCUCCUACAGGUGGCUUGUGAAUGGCACAGAGGUGCCGCUGGGUUUGGACCUGCGUUACAGCCUGGUGGCGGGCAGCCUGGUGAUCAGCAGCCCGGAGUCUGGGCGAGACACCGGCUCCUAUCAGUGUCUGGCCAUCAACCGCUGCGGCACCAUCAUCAGCCGGGCAGCUAACCUCAAGUUUGGCUACCUCCAUGACUUCCCUCCGGACAGCAGGAGUCCUCAGACAGCGUAUGAAGGAGUAGGAACCUUCCUGGCCUGCCAGCCCCCGACACAUUACCCAGCUCUGUCCUACCGCUGGUUAAUCAACGAGUUUCCCAACUUCAUCAAGAAGGACGACGGCCGCUGGUUUGUGUCGCAGGUCACAGGAAACCUGUACCUGGCUAAAGCAGAGCCCAACGACACCGGGAACUACUUCUGCUUCACCACCAUCAACAUGGACAUCAGCACCAAGAGCACCUUCAGCAAGGCCAACCUGCUCACCGUGCUGCCAGACGCCACUCCCAGGAAGUCAGCUCCGAUCAUCAAGGUGCGCUUCCCUGCAGAGACCUACGCCCUGGCAGGACACACCACGCAGCUAGAAUGCUACGCCUACGGAAAUCCGGUCCCUAAACUGCGCUGGAGGAAGGUUGACGGUUUGAUGCCGUCCAAGGCAGGCUCCAGUGUGGAGGGCCCCGCCCUCAUCCUGCCAGAUCUAUCCUUCGAUGAUGAAGGUGUUUACGAGUGUGAAGCCUACAACUCAGAGGGAAGAGACAUGUACCAGGGACGCAUCAAUGUGCAGGCCCAGCCGGACUGGUUGCAGGUGAUGAUCGACUCGGAGGUGGAGAUCAGCUCGGAGCUCCUGUGGAGUUGUGUUGCUUCGGGUAAACCACGACCCUCCAUACGCUGGCUCCGCAACGCACUGCCACUCAGCACACAGGACCGGGUAGAGGUGAACGGGGCUCGUCUGAAGAUCAGUAACCUGGCCCUGGAGGAUUCUGGGAUGUAUCAGUGUGUGGCUGAGAACAAACAUGGCACCAUCUACUCUACUGCUGAGCUCAGGGUUCAGGUUCAGGCCCCAGACUUCAGGUUGAACCCAGUGAGGAGACUGAUCCCAGCAGCCAGGGGGGGGCAGGUGAUGAUGGAGUGUCGCCCCCGAGCCGCCCCCAAACCCAGCCUGUUCUGGAGCCGAGGGACGGAGCUGCUGAUCAACAGCAGCAGAGUCACAGUCACUCCAGACGGCAUCUUAUGGAUCCACAACAUCAGCAGGGCAGACGAAGGGAAAUACACCUGCUUUGCUGAAAACUACCUGGGCAAAGCCAACAGCACCGGACACCUGUCUGUCAGAGAUGCCACUAAGAUCACGCUGGCCCCCUCCAACGCUGACAUCAACCAAGGGGACAACGUGACGCUGCAGUGCCACGCCUCCCACGACCCCACCAUGGACCUGACCUUCACCUGGGCCCUCAACGGGGGCCUGCUGGACCUGGAGGACUCGGCCGGGCCCUACAGCAGGGUGGAGGGGAAAGAGAACAUAGGAGACCUGCUGAUAGUGAACACUCAGCUGAGUCAGGCAGGGAUGUACGCGUGCACGUCUCAGACGGUGGUGGACAGCGCUUCAGCUGCAGCCAAACUGGUGGUGCGAGGCCCCCCGGGACCCCCUGGUGGUUUGUUGGUGAAGAACGUGGCCGAGGCUUCAGUGGAGCUCAGGUGGAGUCGUGGCUACGAUAACCACAGUCCCAUCGGAAAAUACAUCAUCAUGGGCCGGUCCUCACUGUCAUCAGAGUGGAAGAAGAUGAGGACAGACCCGGUGAACAUCGAGGGGAACGCAGAGUCGGCUCGUGUGAUUGGUCUGAUGGCCUGGAUGGAUUAUGAGUUCAAGGUCAUCGCCAGCAACAUCCUGGGCAGCGGAGAGGCCAGCGUGCCCUCACACACCAUCCGCACCCAGCAAACAGCUCCCACAGUGGCCCCUAGUGGUCUUGGAGGAGGAGGAGGAGACCGCAGUGAACUCAUUGUGACCUGGACGCCCAUGGCCAGAGAGUACCAGAACGGGGACGGCUUUGGCUACAUCCUGGAAUUCAGGAGGAAAGACACGGCGGCCUGGACAGCGGUGCGUGUUCCUCACGUGGAGUCCUCCCGAUACGUUUACUACAACGACAGCCUGACGCCGUACACCCCCUUCGAGGUGAAGGUCAAGGCGUAUAACCGCAGAGGAGAGGGUCCCUUCAGCCAGAUCGCGGUGGUCAACUCUGCAGAGGAGGAGCCCACAGUGGGGCCAGCCAACAUCAACGCCUCGGCUCUGACUGCUUUUGAGAUCCGGGUCUCCUGGGACCCCGUCCAGACGCUCAGCACCACCGGCAUCCUGCGAGGAUACGAGAUCCGGUACUGGCGGCAGCAUGAGCGUGAGGCGGCCGCUGACCGGGUGAGGACCGCAGGACUGGAGACCACCGCCCGAGUGCCCGGACUGAGACCCAGCACCCGUUACCACGUGGCCGUUCUGGCCUACAACAGUGCCGGCACAGGCCCAGCAUCGCCCCGCACCACCGUCACCACCAGGAAACCACCUCCUAAUCGUCGUCCAGGCAACGUGUCAUGGAAGACUGACAGCUCGUCUGUAACGCUGAGGUGGGAUCAUGUGAAGGCCAUGCACAAUGAGUCAGCUGUGCUGGGCUACAAAGUUCUGUACAAACAUGAGGGCCAGACCUCUCUGAAGGUUCUGGACCAGAGCAAGACCUCCGUGAACCUGCCGCUGUCCGAAGACGACGGCGGCUACGUGGUGCUGGAGAUCCGGUCCUGGGGGGAAGGGGGGGACGGCCCUGCACAUGAGAUUAUCGUGUCCCGGGACUCAGGAACUGGUAUGAUGGUGCAGAACGAUGCCCCCCCCACCCUGCCCCGUCUCCCUCUCCUCCUGCUCAGCGGCUCGGUUCUUCUCACUCUUGUGUCGUUGUCCGGCCUGUGA